AUGUUAGAAACUAUAGACAAAAAUCGGGCCGUGCAGGCAGCAGAGCGCUUGCAGGCCAAGCUGAGGGAGCGUGGGGACGCAGCGAAUGAAGACAAGCUGAGCCUUCUCAAGUCAGUGCUCCAGAGCCCGCUCUUCAGCCAGAUUCUGACCCUUCAGACUUCCAUACAGCAGCUAAAAGACCAGGUAAACAUUGCAACUUCAACAAUUUCAAAUGUCGAGUAUGGUCACAUUCCACAUCUCAGCCCAGGUGUAAUUCCUACUCUACAAAAUGAAUCAUUUUUAUCAUCCCCAAAUAAUGGAAAUCUGGAAGGUCUUACAGGAUUGGGUACUGCACAUAUCAAUGGGAAACCUGCUUGUGAUGAAUUUGAUCAACUGAUCAAAAAUAUGGCCCAGGGUCGCCAGAUAGAAGUUUUUGAGCUCCUCAAACCUCCAUGUGGAGGCCUUGGGUUCAGUGUGGUGGGACUGAGGAGUGAAAACCGGGGAGAGCUGGGUAUAUUUGUGCAGGAGAUCCAGGAGGGCAGUGUGGCCCACAGAGAUGGAAGAUUGAAGGAAACUGACCAGAUCCUUGCUAUUAAUGGACAGGCACUUGAUCAGACAAUUACACAUCAGCAGGCCAUCAGCAUCCUGCAGAAAGCCAAAGAUACUGUCCAGCUGGUUAUUGCCAGAGGCUCAUUGCCUCAGCUCAUCAGCCCCAUAGUUUCCCGUUCUCCAUCUGCGGCGAGCACACUGUCAGCUCAUUCUAAUCCAGCUCACUGGCAGCAUGUGGAAACUAUUGAAUUGGUCAAUGAUGGUUCUGGUCUGGGGUUUGGCAUCGUAGGAGGAAAAGCAACUGGUGUGAUUGUGAAGACCAUUCUGCCUGGAGGUGUAGCUGAUCAGCAUGGGCGAUUAUGCAGUGGAGACCACAUUCUAAAGAUUGGUGAUACAGAUCUAGCAGGAAUGAGCAGUGAGCAGGUAGCCCAAGUCCUCAGACAGUGUGGAAAUAGAGUGAAGUUGAUGAUUGCAAGAGGUGCCAUUGAAGAACCAACAGCACCUACCUCUUUGGGCAUCACCCUGUCCUCAUCCCCAGCUUCUACACCAGAAAUGCAGGUUGAUGCUUCAACUCAGAAAAGUGAAGAAAGUGAGACAUUUGACGUAGAACUCACAAAAAAUGUCCAAGGAUUAGGAAUUACCAUUGCUGGAUACAUUGGAGAUAAAAAAUUAGAACCUUCAGGGAUCUUUGUUAAGAGCAUUACAAAAAGCAGUGCUGUGGAGCAUGAUGGAAGAAUCCAAAUUGGAGACCAAAUUAUAGCAGUAGAUGGCACAAACCUUCAGGGCUUUACCAAUCAACAAGCAGUGGAGGUGUUGCGACACACGGGGCAGACUGUACAUCUGACGCUAAUGAGAAGAGGCACCAAGCAGGACGCCGAAUCGGCGUCACGGGAGGACGUCACAAAAGAUGCGGCUUCAUCUCCUGUUAAUGCAAGGGUUAGCAAAGAUACUUAUCAAGAAGAUGAAGAUUCUUUAUUGCUGAGGAGAAACACCAGCAUAUUACCAAUUGAGGAAGAAGUGUCAGCUGACAGAGAGGAAACAGAAGAUGCUCAGCAGCAGGAAGCUGCCCUGCUGGCCAAGUGGCAGAGGAUGAUGGGGAUUAAUUAUGAGAUAGUGGUGGCUCAUGUGAGCAAGUUCAGCGAGAACAGUGGUUUGGGAAUAAGUCUGGAAGCAACAGUAGGCCAUCAUUUUAUCCGAUCUGUCCUCCCGGAAGGUCCUGUUGGACACAGUGGGAAGCUUUUCAGUGGAGAUGAGCUGUUGGAAGUGAACGGCAUAACCCUUCUUGGGGAGAGUCACCAGGAUGUGGUGACUGCUCUGAAAGAGCUUCCUGUAGAGGUGACAAUGGUGUGCUGUCGUCGAACGGUGCCGCCUGCUGCCCCGUCGGAGUUGGAGAGCCUGGACUUAGGUGACAUCGAACUGACAGAAAAGCCUCAUGUAGAUCUAGGUGAACUCAUCGGGUCCUCGGAGACAGAGGAUCCUGUGCUGACUAUGACUGAUGUGGGUCAGAAUGCAGAGGAAGUUCAAGGACCUUUGGCUAUGUGGGAAGCUGAUGUUCAGAACAUAGAGCUGGAGAAAGGGAGCAAAGGACUUGGUUUUAGCAUUUUAGAUUACCAGGAUCCAGUUGAUCCAGCAAGCACUGUGAUCGUCAUUCGUUCUUUGGUGCCUGGUGGAAUUGCCGAAAAGGAUGGACGACUACUCCCUGGAGAUCGACUCAUGUUUGUCAAUGAUGUUAACUUGGAAAACAGCAGUCUCGAGGAAGCUGUACAGGCCCUGAAGGGUGCACCAUCAGGAACUGUGAGAAUAGGAGUUGCCAAGCCUCUGCCUCUGUCCCCAGAAGAGGGUUAUGUUUCUGCUAAGGAGGAUUCCUUUCUCUACCUGCCACAUUCCUGCGAGGAGGAAGGGCUGGCUGAUAAAGCCCUCUUCAGGGCUGACUUGGCUCUGGUGAGCGCAAACGAUGCUGACUUAGCAGAUGAGUCUGCCGUGGAGUCACAGCACUCUCCUGAUAAUGACAGUAUCUACUCCGCUCAAGCCUCUAUUUUACCUCUUCGUGGCAGUGCUUGUAGUGAUAACCUGAAUUAUGGUCCCUCCCUUCCUUCUUCUCCUCCCAAGGAUAUUACUGAAAAUUCCUCAGAUUCAGUACUUGAUCUGCAGAUGUCCUUGGAGGAGCUAUAUGCCCAAAAUCUCUUGCAAAGGCAGGAUGAGAGUUCACCUUCAGUGGACUUGAGCAUGGGGCCGGCUUCUGGCUUUGCCAUGAAUGACUAUACACCUGCAAAUGCUAUUGAACAGCACUAUGAAUGUGACAGCAUCAGAGCAUGGACUGAGUCUCACCUACCAAAUGAAGUUGUAUCAAGUGCAGAGCUGAAUUCUCAUGUGCCAACUGAUUCGACUGGAAAGGGCUCCAAGUUCUUAAUUCCUCAAGGUUCCCUGGCCUCUGCUGCUGAGUGCGUCAUGCUCCAAAAUGCACCCAGAGAAUCUUUCGAGAGGACUAUUGCAAUAGCAAAAGGCAAUUCCAGCUUAGGAAUGACAGUAAGUGCUAAUAAAGAUGGCUUGGGGGUGAUUGUUCGAAGCAUUAUUCAUGGAGGUGCCAUUAGUCGAGAUGGUCGGAUUGCUGUUGGGGACUGCAUCUUGUGCAUUAAUGAAGAAUCUACUAUCAGUUUAACCAAUGCCCAGGCACGAGCCUUGUUGAGAAGACAUUCUCUCAUUGGGCCUGACAUAAAAAUUACUUAUGUACCUGCAGAAUAUUUGGAAGAGUUCAAAACAAGCUUGGGGCAGCAAUCUGGAGGAAUAAUGGCACUGGAUAUUUUUGCUUCCUACACUGGCAGAGACAUUCCGGAGCUACCCGAGCGAGAAGAAGGAGAGGGGGAAGAAAGUGACCUUCAAAAUGCAGCCUACAGCAACUGGAAUCAGCCUCGGCGGGUUGAACUUUGGCGAGAACCAAGCAAAUCCUUGGGCAUCAGCAUUGUUGGUGGACGAGGGAUGGGGAGUCGUCUAAGCAAUGGUGAAGUGAUGAGGGGCAUUUUCAUCAAACAUGUUCUUGAAGAUAGUCCAGCUGGCAAAAAUGGAACCCUGAAACCUGGAGAUAGAAUAGUAGAGGUGGAUGGCAUGGACCUCAGAGAUGCAAGCCAUGAACAAGCUGUGGAAGCCAUUCGGAAGGCAGGCAGCCCUGUAGUCUUUGUGGUACAGAGCAUUGUAAACAGACCAAGGAAAUCCCCUUUGCCUUCCUUGCCGCACAACCUUUACCCUAAGUACAAGUUCAACAGCACUAACCCAUUUGCUGAUUCUCUACAGUUCAACGCUGACAAGGUGCCCAGUCAGUCAGAAUCAGAGUCAGAAAAGCUUCCUCUAUGCCACUCACCUCCACCCCUACCUCCAGUGUUGGCAGAAAUGAGUGGGGAUCACGCUCUGUCAUCUGCAAAUGAAACCUCAGAAGAUGUGGAUGAAGAGGAUGAAUUUGGUUACAGCUGGAAAAAUAUCAGAGAACGUUACGGGAGCCUCACAGGCGAGCUCCACAUGAUCGAACUAGAGAAAGGUCGUAGUGGUUUGGGUCUGAGUCUUGCUGGGAACAAAGACCGAUCAAGAAUGAGUGUUUUUAUAGUGGGGAUUGAUCCAAAUGGAGCAGCUGGGAAAGAUGGUCAACUGCAGGUUGCAGAUGAGCUUCUAGAGAUCAAUGGUCAAAUUUUAUAUGGAAGAAGUCAUCAGAAUGCUUCAUCAAUCAUCAAAUGUGCCCCUUCUAAAGUAAAAAUAAUUUUUAUCAGAAAUAAAGAUGCAGUGAGUCAGAUGGCCGUAUGUCCUGGGCAUACAGUGGAACCUUCACCUGCUACCUCAGAGAAUCUUCAAAAUAAGGAGGCUGAACCGAGUGUUCCUACUUCUGAUGCAGUUGUUGACCUCAGUUCAUUGACGAAUGUGCAGCAUUUAGAACUUCCUAAGGAUCAGGGGGGUUUGGGUAUUGCCAUAAGUGAAGAAGAUACACUCAGUGGGGUCAUCAUAAAGAGUCUAACAGAGCACGGGGCAGCAGCCAAGGAUGGACGGCUGAAAGUUGGAGAUCAGAUUUUGGCUGUAGAUGAUGAAGUUGUUGUUGGCUAUCCUGUUGAAAAGUUUAUUAACCUUCUGAAAACCGCAAAGACAAAAGUGAAAUUGACGAUCCGUGCUGAGAAUCCAGACUCCCAGGCUACUACUUCUGUAACUGCUACAGCCAAUGGAGAAAAAAAGAGCAGCCCCCAGUGUCCAGUGAUCCCACCGUCUAGCUCUCCGGAACCAGAGCCGAUGCGAAGUACAAGCAGGUCGUCAACACCAGCAAUCUUUGCUUCUGAUCCUGCAACCUGCCCCAUCAUCCCAGGCUGUGAAACAACAAUUGAGAUUUCCAAAGGGCGGACAGGACUGGGCCUGAGCAUUGUUGGGGGAUCCGACACACUGCUGGGUGCCAUUAUUAUCCAUGAAGUUUAUGAAGAAGGAGCAGCAUGUAAAGAUGGAAGACUUUGGGCUGGAGAUCAGAUUUUAGAGGUAAAUGGAAUUGACUUGAGGAAGGCCACACAUGAUGAAGCAAUAAAUGUCCUAAGACAGACACCACAAAGGGUGCGCCUGACGCUCUACAGAGAUGAGGCCCCGUACAAAGAGGAGGACGUGUAUGACACCCUCACCGUCGAGCUGCAGAAGAAGCCAGGGAAAGGCCUGGGGUUGAGUAUUGUUGGUAAAAGAAAUGAUACUGGAGUGUUUGUGUCCGAUGUUGUCAAAGGAGGCAUUGCAGAUGCUGAUGGGCGACUGCUACAGGGAGACCAGAUACUGACGGUGAAUGGAGAAGACGUCCGUCAUGCAACGCAGGAAGCCGUCGCGGCUCUGCUGAAGUGUUCCCUCGGCACAGUGACCUUGGAAGUCGGAAGAGUCAAAACUGGUCCAUUCCAUUCGGAGAGGAGACCUUCUCAAAGCAGCCAGAUGAGUGAAGCCAGCCUGUCUUCAUUCACUUUUCCACUUUCGGGAUCCGGUACAUCUGAGUCACUGGAAAGUAGUUCAAAGAAGAAUGCACUGGCAUCUGAAAUACAGGGAUUAAGAACUGUUGAAAUUAAAAAGGGGCCCACUGACUCGUUGGGUGUCAGCAUUGCUGGAGGAGUGGGCAGUCCGCUGGGUGAUGUUCCUAUAUUUAUUGCAAUGAUGCACCCAAAUGGAGUUGCAGCUCAGACGCAGAAACUCAGAGUUGGGGAUAGGAUUGUCACUAUCUGCGGCACAUCCACGGAGGGGAUGACUCACACCCAGGCAGUUAACUUACUGAAAAAUGCCUCUGGCCCCAUUGAAAUGCAGGUGGUCGCUGGAGGAGAUGUGAGUGUGGUCACAGGUCAUCAACAGGAGCCUGCCAGUUCUAGUCUUUCUUUCACUGGGCUGACGUCAAGUAGUAUAUUUCAAGAUGACUUAGGGCCUCCUCAGUGUAAGUCUAUUACAUUAGACCGAGGACCAGAUGGCUUAGGCUUCAGUAUAGUAGGAGGAUAUGGCAGUCCUCAUGGAGACUUACCCAUUUACGUUAAAACAGUGUUUGCGAAGGGAGCAGCCUCCGAAGACGGCCGUCUAAAGAGGGGUGAUCAGAUCAUUGCUGUCAAUGGGCAGAGUCUGGAAGGGGUAACCCACGAAGAAGCGGUUGCCAUCCUUAAGCGGACAAAAGGCAGUGUCACUCUGAUGGUCCUCUCCUGA